AUGACUGACUACGGCACAAGUUCUCCUAUCAGCGCUGGUACGUUUGAUUUUCCUUCAACACCUAAUGUUCCAUCUACACCUAGCGUUCCAUCUACACCUAAGGAUCCGGCUUCCCCAUUGGUCCCUUCUUCUCCUUUUCCCAAGGAUGAGCCUAUGGCUGAAGAUGAAGAGAUCCUUCCUCGCACGCCCGAAGGUCUGAGCCGAAGACAAUACAACCUGUUCAAGAGGAACAGAAAGGCAACGCUCAAAGCUGCUAAGAUGAUGACUCAAGUAAUGGAGGAGAUGAGCGAUGCCACUGAAGACAUCACAACUGAGUCUGAAUUGCCGGAAGGAUACCAAAAAGGUGACUUCGGCCGUCAAGCUCGUAAACUCCUCAAGUCAAAUGACAAGCAUGGUAUGUUGAGUCCCGGUACCCACAAGGUGGUCAAGCCUGCCGUUGUCAGGUAUUACUCGUACAAAAGAGACUUCAAGGUUGCUGAAAGGCUUGCUGAGCGCAAGUCGAGAAAGAAUGGUGGUAUUCGUAUGAUUUGA